GGAUCCUGCGUCCUGUAUCUAUGGAAACAUGGCGGCACUGGUAGGAGACGGAGGCUUGGAGCUGUGGAGAAAUUUGCCUGUCUCAAAUCAGUCUGAGUAGAUGCUGGAACCCAGCUUUCCUUGCUGCAGGACCACUGCUCACUCCUGAGGCAAGACACAUUCAGAGGAAACAAGUAGAGAAUAAAAGCCAGAUAAAGCCUACCAGCUUCAUGGACACUCAAACGUGCUUCCCAAGGAAGCAAGACAAAGUGAAGAAGAGGGUCAUGUGGGGCAUUGAGGUGGCUGAGGAGCUGCAAUGGAAAGGCUGGGAGCUAGGAAAGGAGAUUACCAAGAACCUGGCUCUGAAAAAUCUAUCCCUGAAAAUACAGAAGAUGAAGUACAGGCCCCCCAAGACCAAGUUCUUCUUCACAGUCAUCCCUCAGCCCAUCUUCCUGAGCCCAGGCAUAACCUUCAUGCUUCCUAUCAUCUUCCGGCCCCUGGAGGAGAAGGACUACGUGGACCAGCUGUGGUUUGAGAAAGCAGAGGGGAUGUUCUGUGUGGACCUGAGGGCCACCCUGCCUUGCUACAGUCUGGCCUGCCCACCAUCUCUGCAGUUGCCCAUGUGUGCCGUGGGAGACACGGCUGAGGCCUGGUUCUGCUUGGACAAUGUGGGGGACCUACCCACCUUCUUCAACUGGGAGGUCCCCAGCCCAUUCCAGAUUCUGCCCACAAAGAGGCUGCUGGAGCCAGGUGAGGCCUGCCAGAUCCAGGUGACCGUUCAGCCCCUUAUGGCUACCGUCUACCAAGUUCAGGCUAUGUGCUUGUAUGGGGAGGGCAGCAGGCAGAGGAGCAGCAUCCAGCUGCAGGCUGCAGCCAAAUGUGCCCAGCUGCUGGUGAGCAUAAAGCAGAAACGACCAGAGGACCAGGAUGUCGAGGGUGUCCAGAAAGUGUUACACUUUGGCUCUGUUGCUGUGGGCUGCACCGCCAAGAGGCAGAUCACGCUAUAUAACCCGUCCUGUGUGAGUGCUCCUUUCAGGAUCAAAGUGGCCCCAGACAUGCAGGCUAAAGACCUGGCUUUCUCAUGCCCCACAACGCAUGGCAUCGUGCCCCCAGGAGAGAAGAAAUGCGUGUCAGUCUUCUUCUGCCCAGAAACUUUGAACAUCAGAACUACAGACUACUUGUCCAUUGUGCCCUCUGGCUGUGCCUCCCAAACCCUGCUCAAACUCGUUGGUUUCUGUAGAGGUACUGGCAACUGCAGGACACUGCACCGCCCCUGGGGACAGGAGCAGCCCACGCCUAGGCCAGGGAAAUACUCCCCACCUGUUCCUAAGGGCCAGACGCCUCAUUGCCCUUCAGCUUGGGUGUCUGCUGCCCCCUGGUGGCUCAUCGGGGGAAUCAUUGCAGACACCUGGAGAAAAUGCUCCCGCCUUGGGACCUGGAGGUCUGCUCAGGCUGCUGGGGCUCCAGGCCUUUCCGACCCAGCCUUCUGUCUCCAAACAGCAGCCCCUCCCAUCAGUGGGAACCUUUCUGAGACACCCUCGGGGAAAUGGAUACCCCGGCCCCAACCAGGUGGCAGAGCCUACUCACAAGAACCCCAUCAACUUUGCCCAGGUCCUGGUGUGUCCCUGCAGCACUACUGUGUCAACUUCAGCUGGGUCAACCUCGGGGAGCACUCAGAGAAGUCCCUCUGGAUUGAGAACAAGUUAGACUGCACAGCGCACUUCCAGUUUGCCAUUGACUGCCAGGAGAGCGUCUUCAGCAUCAGACCUACCUUUGGGACCCUGGUGGGCAAGGCCCGCAUGACCCUGCACUGUGCCUUCCAGCCCACUCACCCCAUCAUCUACUUUCGGCGGGUGGCCUGUCUCAUCCACCACCAGGACCCGCUGUUCCUGGACCUGAUUGGGACCUGCCAUUCAGACAAAACCAAGCCGGCUGUCCUGAGACCUCAGCAUCUUGCUUGGUACCGCACACACCUGGUGCGGGGCCUGACCCUCUACCCCCCGGACGUUCUGGGCAUCAUGCUAAGAGAGAAGAAGCUGGAGCAGGAUAAGAACGGAGCCCUCAUGAUUCCCACUGAGGACCUGGAGGACAUGCCAGCCCCGCAGUACCCCCUCAUCCCCCCCAUGACUGAGUACUUUUUUGAUGGCUCCAACGACAUGGCAAUCUUCCCCCCACCUGUCAGUAUAGAGCCUGUUGAGGUGGAUUUUGGUGCCUGUUCCAGGCCCGUGGACCCCAACCCUGUCCCCCUGUGCCUGAUGAACCACACCAAGGGCAAGAUCACUGUGGUCUGGACACGCAGGUCUGACUGCCCCUUCUGGGUGACCCCAGACACCUGCGACGUGCCCCCACUCAAGUCGAUGGCCCUGCGCCUGCACUUCCAGCCACCUUACCCCAACUGCCUCCAUGCCAUGGAGCUUGAAGCCUUCGCUGUCUAUAAGGUCCUGCAGUGCUACAAUGAUAUUGAGGAGGACUGCACCGUGUGCCCGUCCUGGUGCCUGACUCUCCGGGUGCGAGGCCACAGCUAUGGUGCUGCCAUGGAGCACCACAUCCCCCAGUAUUCCCUGGAUGCCCCCAAGCUAUUUCCGGCAGUGUCCCCUAGUGAACCCGCCUACCGCAGCCUGCUCCUGACCAACAAAGGCUCCAUGCUGCUGACCUUCAACUUGGCCCCCCAAAGCAGCUCAGACAUCUCUCUACGGCCCAGCUCAGGCCUUGUGGCCCCUGGAGCCCACCAGAUCCUCCUCAUCUGUACCUACCCCAAGGGCAAUUCUUGGAAACAGCACAUUUUCUACUUGCAGUUCAAUUUGUGCCCCCAGUAUCUCAAGGAGGUGAGCAUGCAGAGCCGGGAGGAGCUGCCGCAGCUGCAGCUGGACACUGACAGAAGUAUCUUCUUCAAGCCCACCUGGGUCAGCUGUUCCUCCACCAGUCUCUUCACCUUUCAUAACCCCUCGCGUCUGCCUCUGGAAUUUGAGUGGAGGGUCUCCCAGCAGUACCAGAAGGUGCUGGCCGUCCAGCCCUCCAGGGGGAUUAUCCAGCCCAAUGAGAGCCUUACACUGAUGUGGACCUUCAGUCCUCUGGAGGAGACCAAGUACCUGUUCCGAGUGGGGAUGUGGGUCUGGGAAGCUGGCCUACCCCCAAAAGUCAAGCCUCCUGCUACCACCCACUACGUACUCCGGCUGGUGGGCCUGGGCAUCACCAGCAGUCUCUCUGCAAAGGAAAAGGAACUUGACUUUGGGAACAUGCUGGUGAAAAGCAAGCAGUCCAGGAUGCUGGUGCUUCUGAAUGAUGGCAACUGCACCCUCUAUUAUCGCCUGUCCCUGGAACAGUGUAGCCCUGAGGUCAUCAGCAAUGACCCUCCUGUUUUGCAGUUGGACCGCACAGAGGGGAGCAUGCCACCACGGUCCCAGGACACCAUCUGCCUGACUGCCUGUCCCAACCAGCGGUCCCAGUACUCCUGGACCAUCAGCUACUCUCUCCUCUCCCACAGAGAUAACAAGGUCGGGGAAAAACAGGAGCUGUGCUGUGUCUUCCUGACAGCUGUGUACCCCUUACUCUCCAUCCUGGAUGUCCACCCCACAGGCAGCGCCGAGGGCAUCACCCGGAAGCACCUGUGGCGCCUCUUCUCCCUGGACAUGCUCAACAGUUACUUGGAGCGUGACCCUACCCCUUGCGAGCUCACCUAUGAGGUGCCCACCCGGCACAGCACCAGACAGAUCCCCCCUGUCUUUACCCCUCUGAAGCUUGACUUCAAUUUUGGGGCAGCGCCAAUUGAGGCCCCACCAUCGGUGGUGCUCCUGGCCCUGAAGAACAGUGGAGUGGUUGCCCUGGACUGGGCCUUCCUCUUUCCAAAUGACCAGCAGAUCGACCUGGAGCUGUGGGCAGAGCCGGCAGAGUUCGACUGCACUGAACUACACCAAAUGCGCAUACAAGACAACUGCAUAUUCUCCAUCAGCCCCAAGGCUGGGAGCCUGAGUCCUGGGCAAGAACAGAUGGUGGAGUUCAAAUACAGCCACCUGUUCAUUGGCACUGAUCGCCUCCCGGUGCUCUUCAAAGUGUCCCAUGGCCGGGAGAUCCUGCUAAAUUUCGUAGGUGUGACAGUGAAGCUAGAGCAGAAGUAUGUGCACUUCACCUCCACUAGCCACCAGUUCAUCCCUGUCCCCAUUGGCGACACACUGCCCCCAAGGCAGAUUUAUGAGCUGUAUAAUGGUGGCUCGGUGCCUGUGACAUAUGAGGUCCAGACCAACAUCCUGUCAGAGGUUCAGGAAAAAAAUUUUGAUCACCCCAUCUUCUGCUGUCUCAACCCCCAAGGGGAGAUCCAGCCAGGCACCACUGCUCGUGUCUUGUGGAUCUUCUCACCGAUCGAGGCCAAGACCUACACAGUGGAUGUGCCCAUACACAUCCUGGGAUGGAACUCAGCCAUCAUCCGCUUCCAGGGCUUGGGCUAUGAUCCUCAUGCCAUGGGGGACACAGCCCCAUUCCAUAACAUCUCCACCUGGGACAACAGCUCCAUUCACUCUAGGCUGAUGAUUCCUGGACAGAACGUCUUCCUGUCCCAGUCCCAUAUCUCCUUGGGGAACAUUCCUGUGCAGAGCAAGUGCAGUCGCCUGCUGUUCCUCAACAACAUCUCCAAGAAUGAGACAGUUGUCUUCGACUGGCAGCAGAGACCUCUAGACUUUGGGGAGGUUUCUGUGAAUCCCAUGAGAGGGAAGGUGGCUCCUGAAGAGACAAUCCCACUUGUGGUGACCCUGAAGGCCUCAGUGCAUGCCAGCUUCUACAGCAUGGAGCUGAUAUGCAAGGUGUACCGGCAGGAACUCUUAAAGCAACACCAAAAGGAGCUGCAGGAGUGGAAGGAUGAGAAGGUGCGGCAGGAAGUGGAGUUCACCAUCACAGAUAGGAAAGUGAAGAGAAGGGCAUAUUGUACAGCCUGUGAACCUAUGAGGAAGUACAAGACACUGCCCCCCAUCAAGAAUCUGCAGUCACUCAACCGGCCUGCCAGCUGGAACCUUAAGAUCUCGAAGGAGGAGCCAUCCUGGCCAUGCCCGUGGCCGCCCUCACCGGGCAUGCUCUGCUUGGGCCUCACUGCCCGUGCUCAUGCCACUGACCACUUCCUGGCCAACUUCUCUGACUUUUCCCACCACUUCCUGCACCGGGAUCUGCCAAGGAGGAAGCACCCCAAGGAGGAGUCCGAGGCUGCUGAGGAAGAAUCCCCUAUCUCCAGGCAGGAGAAACAGCUCCUGAUUGACUGUCUCACCGCCAUCAUCAGGGGCCUGCUGGAAGACAAGAUCUUCCAUGAGGCUGUGGACCAAAGCCUGGUGGAGCAGAUGCCUUACUUCUGCCAGUUCUGGAAUGAGCAGUCAGCCAAGGUCAUGGUCCAGAACAACAGCCUGCACUUAGUGCCAGCCAUGUCUCCGUCCUCCAACAGCUCAGAGGACAGCAAAGACAAGGAGCAGGAGGAGGACAAACGGAGGCUGGGGAAGAAGGAUUCAGGGGAAGAGGAGGAGAACGGUGAAGAGGAAGAGGAGGAGCUGGAGGAGGAAGAGGAGGAAGAGGAGGAGAUGGAAGAAGAGGGGACGGGCAAGGAGGAGCUGGAGGAGAAGGGAGAGAAGGUGGCCUGGGCAGGGGCUGCAGCAUCCCAGGAGUCCCUGAAAUGGCAAUGGCAGCAGCAGCUGAAGGUCACGACAAAGGAGAAGCAAGAGCAGGACGAGAAGGAGGCCAUCAGCCGGCUCCCAGCUUUUGCCAACCUGCAGGAGGAGCUGCUGGAGAACAUGAUCCAGAAUAUCCUCGUGGAGGCGAGCCGCGGGGAGGUGGUGCUCACCUCGCGGCCGCGCGUCAUCGCCCUGCCGCCGCUCAGCGUUCCCAGGAUUCUGACUCCCGACCCGCUGCAGGGGGCGCCCUUAGGGACGCAGCAAGCGGAGGUGCGCCUCCCGGUGGCGCCGCCCCCUACCAAUUCUUUGCGGAGGCCAGCGCCCAGCCCCUCCCACUUGCUUCCUUAGGUUCCGCCCAGACGCCUCCCAGUAAAGCA